UGAUGAGCUGGAGGAGGGCGGUGGAGGAGAGCGGCAGCAGCAGCAGCGAGUGGAGGAGCAGGAGGGGCAGCAGCAGGUGCAGCAGCAGCAGGUGCAGGGGCAUCAGGAAGAAGGGCAGCACGGGAUGCAAGGGGAUCAACAGCAGCAGGUGGCAACAGCGCCUGAGGCGGCACCCCAGGCGGCUCCUGGGCCCUCAGCAACCCGGCCGCAGCCACCUCAGCAGCAAGCGGCAAGCCCAAGGGUGGCCCAAGCUCCCGGCGUGCUGCCCCCACCUGCAGCAGCUGGCUGUCCGCAGCAGCUGAUGGGUGGCGGUGGUGCCGGUGGCGGCGUCACACAGCAGGGGCCGGCAGCACCAGCGGUUACUACUGCUGCUGCUGCUGCUGCUACAGCAGCUGCUGCGGCGGCGACAACCGGCCUGGCUUCGGCGGGCGGUGGCGGUGUGCCGCUGGUGAAUGCGCAGUUUGGCGUCUUGCUGGGCGGCGCUGCUGCCGCUGCGGCGGCGGCUGCGGCGGUGGCAGGUGCUGCUGCUGCGGCAGGUGGCUGGCAGCCGCCCGGUGUUCCGAUGGGCGGGAGUGUGGUGGGGGAGGUGCUGCUAGGCAGCGGGGGCAGUGGCGUCUUUGGUGGCGGCGCUGGCGGGAGCAGCAGCAUUUCAGGACAAAUGCUGCAAAUGCAGCUGCAGGCGCAGCUAAAUCGUAAGCAGCUGCAGGAGCAUCUGAACCGGAAUCAGCUGCGCCUGCUGGAGCAGCAGCUGCUGCAGCAACACCUACAGCAGCUGCAACACCAGCAGCAACACCAGCAAGGCCAACAGCCGUUCAGUACGGGGGUACAGCAUACCGCCGCAUGCAACACCCCCCAAGCAGCUCAGCACGUGCACCACCAAGCACCCGCACCAGUACCAGCACUGCAAGCACCAGCACCAGCCGCAGCAGCUGCCCCAGUCGAGAUGGCAGGCGCCGCCUCAGCAGCGGCAGCAGCGGCAGCGGCAGCAGGAGCACCACCCAUGUACAUGUCUGCGAGGGCCGCAGUGGCUGCUGCGGUGGCAGCGCUGCAUGCUGAUGCACCUGCCGAAGGAACCGGUGGCGGCAGUGGUAACGACGGUUGUGCCGGCGGCGACGGCGGGCACGACAAUCACGACAAUCACGACAUCAUCAUCAUUUCAUCGGAUGAUGACGAUGACAACGGUCAUGGGGUAGUUCACGGUAGCGGCGGUGGUGGUGGUGGUGGUGGUGCCUGCGGUAGCGGAGGGGCAGGACGCCGUGCUGCUGCGGGCGCGGCGGGAGCGGCGAGGCAGAGCGGCGGCAAGGCGCAUGCUGCUGCCGCCAAGGCGAAGGCCGCAAAAAGGAGGGCUAACAAGAGCGGCAUGCCUAGCAGUCCCCGGACGGCAGCAGCAGCGGCAGCAGCAGCAGCGGAGGAUGCUGGACAGGCGUCGCCGGCGGGUCGGAGCGGCCGCCGCAUCCGUGCGCCCAAACGCUUCCGAGAUUGCGUGACCAGCGCGUCGUAUGAGAAUGUCGCGGAGGGCAGCGAUGCCUACGAGGGUGAAGACGUGUGGGACGGUGCCGGUGGCAGUGGUGGAGGGGCGGCGGGGCCGUCGGCGGCGGCGGCGCGGGUCGCUAAACGUGCGCGGGUGAGUGCGGCCGGCGAGCUACCGGGACUGGGAACCAGCUCGCCACCCGCACAGAACCACCACGGGUAUCAGCUGCAGCAGCACCAGCGGCAACACCAGCAGCAGCAGCAGCACCAUCAGAACCAGCAGCAGCACCACCCCAGUACGCCCCACGGGGCAGUGGGGCCCGCCGGCCUUCCGCAGGCCCGGGGGAAGGGCUUCUUUGAUGAUGAUGAGGACUCCGAGGAGGAUGAGGAGCAGCGGCGGGGGCGGCUGGAGGUGGAGCGGGCGCUGCGAGCUGAGAUGGCGGCGGGACAGUACGUGAAGUGCCCGGAGACGAGUAGGCGGGGCCGGCUCGGGACGCCGCUUCCCCGCCUCCCUGUGCUGCCGGCAGGACGAUGUGCUGGUGGCGGACUACGGACCCGAGCACGACGCGGAGGAGGGCGAGGUGGAACGGAUCAUGGAUGAGGUGGUCCGCGGGCGCACGCGGUUCUUUUUGAUCAAGUGGAAGGGCUUCGAGCUGAACCCCGAGGCCCACUGGGAGCCAUCUCGCAACAUCUCACCCCACAACGUCGCACGCAUCGCAUGGGAGCGCCGCAAGCCCUUCUGGUUCAGGGAAUUACCGCGCGCCCCACCUGCUGCUGCUGGCGCUGCGGCUGCGGCUGCUGCUGUCCCUGCCCCUGCUGCUGUUCCAUCGCCGGCACCAGCGGCCGCUGCGGCUGAUGUGUUUGGGGCUGCUGCUGCUGCGGCUGCUGCUGCUGCUUACCAGGCGCCGGCGGGGAUGGUGGCAGGGAUCGAUGCCCGGGCACCGGCUGCAGCGCCACAUAGACGUUCUAGUAGGGUAGGGUAGAGGGGUGUAGAGCUGAUGCGUGUGUGCAUGUGUGGGGCCAUCCGAGAUCCGAGAGGAGCAGAACCCAAGGUAAAAGCGCGGGUUAGGUCGAGGCGAUGGUGAUAAGGAGGCGGCGGGGUGCAACAAACCAGGUGCGGGGGUAUCAUGCAUGCAGGGAGGUGUUGGUGGUGGUGGUGGUGGUGGUGGUGUGAAACACCAACGGAGCAUGUGUCAUGGGGUGGAUUGUUGCCGCGGCCGGUGGCUGUUGUCGGGGAGUUGGGGAAAGGUAUUGUUGGAGAGGGUAUUGACGUUCUUUGUUUCUUCUGCCAUGUAUAGGAACCUUAGGCCGCAGCAUUGUCACCAGGCUUGCUUGUCAACAACGCUUUGGGCUUGCUUACAGUCUGUACGCGUGUCCGUAGGAGGUUAUCAACUCUUUUCCCUUGGCCUAUGCCACAACUUGUUGUGAGUGGCUCUCUCUGCGCAUUGGAACAGCUUGGCUUGUCGGCAAUGCUUGAGUGUCGUUAUCACUGGUAGCUAUGUGGCCUACAAGAAAGAGUCGAAUUUCGACAGGCUGUACGACCCUACUGGCAAUCCGGGGAACACAUGUACGGACCUCCUCCGCACCGUUAGGGCGGUUGGUCUUCUUCUGAAUGGUUGUUAAGUUGAAGGCUUGGUGUUUAAUAAAGUUGUUCGUUGUUUGAUACGAGUUGUCGAUACCGUUUUGGAUUUUGGGUCUUGACCUAGGUACUGCGUCUCAGUUGUACGGCCAGGGCAGUUGGACUGGACGCACCAACAUAGACACAUACUUUUUCCUUUGUUUGUUUGCGCGGUCCAUGAGUCUCCUGGCUCGUCUGGGCCUUACGAGCCGUAGAGCUUGUAACAACUCACUCAC